AUGGGUGGACAAGUCUCUAAGAUGAUGGGAAAGAUCUUCGGUACCAAGGAAAUGCGUAUCCUCAUGUUGGGUUUGGAUGCUGCUGGAAAAACUACAAUUCUAUACAAACUUAAACUCAGCAACCAGGACGUGACUACUAUUCCUACCGUCGGAUUCAACGUCGAGAGCGUGACCUAUAAGAACGUCAAGUUCAACGUUUGGGAUGUCGGUGGUCAGGACAAGAUCCGACCGCUCUGGAGACACUACUAUUCCGGUACACAAGGAUUGAUCUUCGUGGUUGACUCUAGCGAUACAGCACGCGUGGAGGAGGCUCGCUCGGAACUGCACAAGAUUAUCAACGACCGUGAAAUGAAGGAUGCUCUGCUUCUGGUAUUCGCCAACAAGCAAGAUGUUCCUGGCCACUUAAGCCCGGAGGAAGUUACUCAGCAGCUUCAAUUGACUAAGCUCAAGGACAAGUUGUGGUACGUUGCGCCCAGUGUUGCAACAGAUGGAACAGGUAUUUUCGAGGGUCUUGCCUGGCUCUCAAACAAUGUCAAGACCCAGCCCCAGAAAUAA